AUGUGCAAACAUAUUCUCAACGCCCAGGUCUCUAUCAGAUCUCCUUGUUGUCGAAAAUGGUUUGACUGCGCAGAGUGCCACGCAGAAACCCAAAGCCAUCCUCUCCUCCAACAAACCGAAAUGACCUUCGCCUGCAAGAAAUGCAAGAAAGCCUUCCGCAAGGAUGCCCAGGAAUUCGAAGAGAGCGACGAGUACUGCCCUCACUGCGAUAACCACUUUGUCCUGGAAGCUCUUACGCCAAAACCAGUGUUGAAGGUUGAGGGUGAGGAUGCGAGAGUGGAUAACAGGAUGCUGAAGGAUGAGCGCAUUCGGGGAGAGGAGCUGAGGACUAUUUUCGACGUAAAGGAGGCCCCGAACAAAUUGGGCUAG